AUGACAGGCCCAGCACCAGCAAAGAUACUCUAUUUCGCCUACGGCUCCAACCUCUCCUUAACCCAAAUGGCAUCCCGCUGUCCAACAUCCACGUACCACGCCCUGGGCGCACUGCGCGGCUGGAAAUGGAUUAUCGGGGAGAGGGGUUACGCGAACAUUGUUGUUUCGCCUGCCGAACCCGCGACUGCGACUGCGACUGCGAAGGCGGCCUCGACUGCGAGAUCUGUUUUUGGGUUGAGGGGCAAGUCGUUGCCGCCUGCUGACGAGGAAGAGGAAGAGGAGGAAAAGGGCGCGGAUUAUGUGAUAGGCAUGCUUUACCAUCUAGGAGCGGCGGAUGAGACGGUCCUGGAUCAGGCAGAGGGCGUACCCUAUGCAUACGAGAAGCAAAAGCUUGAGGUUUCUGUACUUGACGCGCGAGGGCAGGAGACGGGACAGCGGGUCCAGGCUUUGGUUUAUGUUGAUGUGGCGAGGACCGGGACGGGAGUGUGUAGGGAGGAGUAUGUGGGUAGGAUGAACCGAGGCGUUCGAGAUGCGGAAGCGAAGGGGAUGAGUGCGAGGUAUGUGGAGAAGUAUUUGAGGCCUUUUGUGAGGAAGGAGGUCUUAGGGUGA